UGCUCUCCACCCUGUUGAUGAACCAGUCAUGGCAGUGACAUGAGGAAUUUUUCAUUACCUCGCCCCGGGGCCACCAUGGUGCCUCUGCCUGUGUGUCGUUCUGCUUUUCUUUUUCCACUCCUACCCCUCCUCUCUUUCUCUCUCUCUCUCUCUCUAUCUCAAACAAACAAACACUCAUUAUUUCUCUGAAACAAGCUAGUGUAGAGCUGUGCUUCUUUAUCUGCGGUGUAAGCUACCUGCAUGGGGUAGCCCCUCAGCUGGUGACCUCCUCUCCAUGGCCUGCCGUCUCUCCUCCUCAGGCUCCUACACUGUGGUCCUCCUCCCUCUAAAGACCAGCCUCUACAGCCAGGAGGCCCUUCGUUUCUACCUAUGGAUUAAGCGGAUGAAGGACCUAGAGAAGGAGAAGGAUGCUCUGUGGUCAGGUCUGGAGGUUCUGGAGCACGGUCGGUUGUGGUACCUCCAGCGGCUCUCAGAAAACAGGGCCCUGCAGUGUGUUGAGAGCAGAAACAGGAUGCGCCUUUGCCACAAACAUGCCUCAGAGGCUCCAUCCUGCCUCCCCACACACAUCCAGCGGGUUAAUGGAGCCCUGGGCUCUGUAAUGAGUGAACCCAAUGUCAGCAGCAAUCCUUGUCUCUCUAAUCCGCUGGCAGACAGUGACCUCCGCUGGCAAAACACAGUACUAACUCAGAAGGUGAGUGAAAAGAAUCGUCGGAUCUCUUUGUUGGAGCUGGAAAAACAGGUUCUCCUUGAAGAGCUGGAGGAUCUCCAAGCCUGCUGAUCUGCACACUGUCACUUCCCACAUUGGUUAUAUAUUUAUGUUUAAAUUAAUAAAUUACUAUUAAUGUUUCCUUAUUUUACCCUGUGGUCUUUUAAAUUAUUUGUAUUUAUUAUGAUCAAGUAGAUUUCUCACCCUUAUAUUCACCCCAAGGUCCGACUGUCAUGGUUUCCUUUCCUUUUUGGGAGAUAUUUCUGUAUUUUAAUUAAUACAUUUUAAUUGUUCUAGUUAUUCUGUGUCUCUGUAAUUCGAUUACUUUAAUUCUCUGUUACUUAGCCUUUCCUCCCACUCAGCUGGUAUUCCCUGUGUGAUUCUGCUCACCUGGCUUCAUGAUACUACCACAGUAUUCAAGUCUCUAAGUAUCUUCCUUUCUCUGCUUGAUUCUACUGUUGCCCCAGUUCAUGUAUGUUUCCCUCUUACUC